UUCGCGCUCGCCGUUGCGGUCGCUGUCGCUGUCGCGGUCCGGUGGUGGUGGUGAUUGUGGUGGUUGUGGUGGUGGUGGUGGUUGUGGUGGUAGCAGCAGCGCGGCGGCCUUCCACUUGCACGCGCCGUUGACGCCCGGCUCGAAGAACAGGAGGGUGAGUGGGAGGAUGGCGAAGGCGAGGGUUGCGGCGGCGAGGUGCAGGUUCUGCUGCUGCUGAUGCUGUUGGUGGUGGUGGUGCUGCGGAGGUUGCUGGGGUUGUUGGGGAUUGGAGGGGUCGUGGUGGGGGUGGUGGGGGUGGGCAAAGGCGAGGUACAGGUUGGCAAGCACGCUCGCGUGGAUCAGCGGUGCGACCCACCGCGGGCCCUGCUGGUAGAGGGCCAGCCACUGGCGGGCGAGGAGUUUGUGGUCGGUGGUGGUGGUGGUGCGCGCGAGGAGGUGCAUGGUGAGGGAGUAUUGGAAGGUUAUGCCGGCGUAGAGGGUCGGCAUGGCGAUGCCUGCCCAUUGGGCGAGCGUGGUAAGAGUUGGGAGAGGCAUCUUUCGAUGGGCACUUUGUCAAUAACUUCACUGUUUCCGUUUUUGUUGGAGAGUUUUACCGGCGUCGUGAGCCGUUUGUCGGGGGAACGGUGUCGUGUGAGAGAGGGGCUGCAUGUAUUUUUCGUGACACUAUCUCAGUACAGAUUACACGGUUCUGUAUGAUACGCGUGAUUACGCCAUGAAGUGCACUCAGAAACAGACGGAAACAGAAAUGCAAACAGUGGAAAAGGAGAAAAAUGGACAAAAGCUUUUUAGCGCAACAAAGGAGCACCUCUCCCACCGACAGGACCCUCAACCCCUACGGCUGCAUUCCAUAAGUAUGAUCUCUUCCUCGCACUUACUGUUACUAUACCGAGAAGACACCCACCGUCUGCGCGUCCCCAUCUUUGCUUCCUCUUGAGCUUCGAGAGGCGGCGUUACGGGCACGAGGUUAUGGCGUGCAAAGGCGGGAAUGACCAGCGCGAGGGCCUUCUCCAGGGUUGGGGCCAGCUUGGC